UCCGCCACUGAAGGGCUGGGGCGCGCGCGCGGUCAACCGACCGACCGACCGACCGUUGGUGAGCGGUUGAGGCGCGAGCGUUCUGUUUGCUGGCAUCGCCCCGGGAUACGGGCGGGGGGGAGGUAAAGGGGAGGCUGUGCUGGGUCGGGCGGUGCUGUGCUGUGCCGGGCCGGGCUGUGCUGUGCCGGGUCGGGCUGUGCUGUGCCGGGUCGGGUCGGGCUGGGCUGGGCUGUGCUGUGCUGUGCCGGGUCGGGCUGGGCUGUGCUGGGUCGGGCUGGGCUGUGCCGGGCCGGGCUCGCCAUGCCGUUCUUGGGGCAGGAUUGGCGAUCCCCGGGAGAGUGUUGGGUGAAAUUCCAGGACGGGUGGAAACGCUCUCAGUUACACCGGGAGGAGGAGGAGGAGGAGAGCAACAUUAACGGCAGUCACCGGGAAAGGCAGCUGUGCACACGAUUGCAACAAGAGAGCAACGACAAUAAAAUUGUUGAAGACUGUGAGGUGGCAGCAAAAAAGAGGAAGAAAGAUCACUUUAACAUUAGCACACAAAGUGAAUACUUCUAUCGGGAAAAGUGGAUCCAUGUUCAUAAAGGAAGUACUAGAGAAAGACAUGGUUAUUGUACACUGGGAGAAGCGUUUAACCGUUUGGAUUUUUCAAGUGCAAUUGAAGACAUGAGAAGAUUCAACUAUGUUGUUAAACUUCUUCAACUAAUAGCAAACUCGCAGUUAACCUCUUUAAGUGGAGCUGCACAGAAGAAUUACUUCAAUAUUUUGGAAAAGAUUGUUCGGAAAGUGAUUGAGGACCAACAGAAUCCUCGACUAGUCAAAAACCUUCUCCAGGAUCUGGGUUCUGCACUCUGUAUCCUGGUUCGUGAGGUGGGAAGGUGUGUCCUUGUUGGAAACAUAAAUAUCUGGGUUUACCGAAUGGAAACAAUUCUGAAUUGGCAACACCAGCUAAAUAAUCUGAAGAUUACCAGGAGAAUAGGUAAUAGUGUGACACUGAGCGACCUUCCACUUCAUAUGCAGAGAAGUAUUCUGCAUAGGUUUUCUGAUGGCCUGGAUAUUAUCAACUUGGGGCAGGUGACCUCUACUCUGCACAUGCUCAGUGAAGAUAAACACCUGUGGAAAAGUCUUUGCAAGUACCAUUAUUCAGAAAAGCAGUUUUGCAGACACUUGAUUUUGACUGAGAACGGUUGUGUUGACUGGAAGCUGAUGUAUUUUACGCUUCAGAAGUACUGUCCAAAAAAGGAGCAAUAUGGAGACUCUCUUCAGUUCUGUCGCCAUUGCAGUAUUUUGUUCUGGAAGGACUACUAUCUUGCUUUAUUAUUCAAGGAUACAGGCCAUCCUUGUACAGCCAACAAUCCUGAAAGCUUCUGUACACCAGUAUCGCCUCAGCAUUUCAUCGAUCUUUUUAAAUUUUAAGUGCAACUACUGAUGUUUUCAUUUUGGAUGGCCCGGAUCAUUUCAGAUAGAGGAAUGCUUUGAUUCUUUUGUGCAAUAUGUUCGGUGAAGAUUUAAAAAAAAAAUAAAAAUAUGCGCUUAAAAUGUCAAACUUAAAAAUAAUGUAAGACAUUUAUUUCUUUAAAUCUAAAAGAAGAUAGCCCACCAAAUGUUUGCAUGUUUUGAUUCUUGAUUUGAUUUAAUAAUGCUAAAACUUAAGUUUCAACAUUUUUGUAAAAGACACAUCACAUUUCAGGCUAAAUGUAUGCAAAUGAAGCAAUUGUUAGUUUUUUCUUUCGCAAAAAUUAUAUUGUGUUAGUGUUCUGACAUUUCAACACUGCAUUUUUGGUUAGCUGACUUUUGGAGAAAGCAUUGGGAUCCUAAAUAGCACUUUGCACGACCACUAUUUUUAAGUUGCAGUUGUACAAGUAAAACUUUUGCUGCUUUGAUUCAUUGUGCAUUUAAUAUUUUCUUAAAAUAUGUGCAUUAUUUUGUUACAUUUUUCCAGCUACAUAUAAUGUUGCUGGGAUUGGUAAUCCCAAAUGUAUAUUGUGAGAAAAUUGAGGUGCACAUUAAUUUUUAAUAAAAUGUGUAUCUAAAUUUGUAAUAUUUUGUCAAUGCUUUAAAUAUACUGCUAGAACUUUGCCAUAGAUAUUUUGUAAAUGGGGGAGGGGGGGGGGGGAAAUAUUGGUACAUUUAGUUCAUCUUAUUCAUUUGAGGCCAUAUUAUGAUCGAAAAAUUGAUCUGCCCUUUAAACAUUGUAACACACAUUGCAGUUGUUUGUCUAAACCUCUUGCAUCAAAGUGGUUUCUUUGUUCAUUGAAGACAUUAUAGUUGAAACUGACCCUAGAUGCUUGAAUGCAGAGUAGCGAGAGCUGUUCAUUAUUUUCUUUUAGAUAUCACUAAUCUUCCUGUUCCUUAAAUUCCACUUCUUUUAACUUCCUCCUAGUGUUUGGCACAUCAGCCUAAUAAAAUAACUGGCAAAUAACUAA